AUGGCGGGUAUUCUUCGUCGAUUGCGGAGGUCCAGCAAGAAGGCGGCAAAGUUUCGAUUCACAGUCACUCUUCAGGUGGGCAUUUCUAGAUUCCUAGAUUCCUAAAGCAAAAUUUGCGUUCAGGAGCUCCAACUCUGCACCGACGACAAAUGGAAACCCGACAAUCUUGUCGUCUCGUUCGUCCAUCGGUGGGUGUCAGGAGGAAUGUUCUCUCCUUAUCAAAAAAGAGAGAAUGUCAAUUAAUCGGCUGAAAACUGACAGCUUGCAAUUGAAUCAAAUUGUUUCAGACGUCGAAAAGUGUCGUCAAAGGAACGAAAAUGGGAGCAAUCGUUUUCGGACCCGGCGAAAUGCGUUAUUAUGUGGCCGGAACAAAUGACGGAGAACGUCGACAUCCUGACGACUCUCUACCGAGUGCCCGAUGAUGAUCAGUACGAGGACAAGGAAUGGACGAUCGUCAUCGAGGAGGUGACGGCGAAAGGAAAGCGGAAGGCGAUUGCGGCGGUGCCUCUCAACGUCCGGCUCUUCAUUCUCGACCUGCCGGAGCACAAGAGCGAGCUGAAACUGAAGCUCCGUCCACUGUCGCCGUCGCUGAAAUCGUGCUCUCUUAUAAUUUUGCUCGGCAGCACGCUCGUCUCGGAGCACAGCGGCGACGACGUGAGCAUCACCUCGUCGGCGGCGACCUCUUUCGUCGAGAAAGCGGCAGUGACGGAUGAAGUGGACGCGGCGGCGGCGAGUGACUCGACGCGAGCGGGUAAUUGAAUGAGCAGAGAGAUGUGUGUAUUUACAAAUAAGAUGUUGCUUUCAGAAGCACGACGGCAGAUCGAUCAGACUGCAAAUCGCAUUCAAGAAUGGGCUAGGAACGAGAAGGAACCUGCUCCGCCGGUAGUCCCCGCGCAUCGGAAGCCGUCCGAAGAGGGAGAACCUGCAAAAGGUAUGGAUCUAGAUCUUUUUAGGGCAAAAUUUUGCAAAACUGAAGGAUUCUGAUCAAAAGCAAGUCAGGACUGUGAGAGUUGCCGGCCCGAUCGGCCCGGGUCAUGACAAACCAUUAAACAUUUCGGCUUGUUCCUAAAAUUCAGUGUUUUUCAAUGCUCUAUAAUGAUCGCGUGCUGUAUUUCUGACAAAAGUAUAAAACGCCGGAACUUUUUUUAAUGUUUUACGGCUGACCGGGCCGACCCUGGCCAAGGCCGGGCAAAAUGUGGCCAUCGGCUCAUGCAGCCCUGCCCGUGACAAGUCUGCGAAAUUCUAUUAUUGCCGUUUCAGUCCGUCCCCAAUGGAGAGUUUCGGCAGAAGAGGAGAAGCCGGCCGGCGCCGUUCCCGCAGCAGUUCCAGUCGCCGCACAGAGACACAGUCGUGCGAGCCGCGCAUCGACUGAAGAGAAGACCGCGACGACGACGACCGAAUUCCGAGUGGAUGCCCAUUCUCGGCCGAUUCCAGUUGCGACGACGACGACGACAAGUCAUCUGAACAGUGGAACGAUCGGAAGAGGGUAAGGGGUUUUCACUUUUUCUGAUCAUUAUUAUCCUCCUUUUCUUCCAGAAGAUCCCACUCGCCACGUGCUCCGUCCCGAGAUGUCGUCCCUCCGCCAGUCACUGGCGAAACCCUGCUCUCCUGGUGCCAGAGGGUGACGAAUGGAUACUCGAAUGUCAAAGUUACCGAUUUCACGUGAGAUUCUGUUCUGUUUGUGCUCUCAGCAAUUCCGAUUCUUUAGAAAAUCCUGGAGAAAUGGGCUGGCUCUCUGCGCAAUUCUCCACACUUAUCGAUCGGAUCUGAUCGGUGAUUACGAGGCGCUCGACUUCUCGGAAAGGAUCGACGGACGCAAAUCGAACAUCCGGAAGGCGCUCGACGUGCUCUCCGUGAUGGGAAUCAACGACGUGCCGGCGAUCGACGACAUUCUCACUCCGGACCGCAAACAGAUUGAUCUGCUCCUCCAGAGAAUGCGUCGAGUGUUCGAGGGCUGCGAGGACGGCUCCACACCCGCCAGCGCAUCGGAUCAUCGCAUUUCGAUGACGUUCGGCAUCACAGAGACCGAAGAACACGUGGUCGCCGCGAUUGCGGAGCUUCGGAAUCGGCAACAUCUCGAGGAUGCGGUGGAUUACACACAUGUUCGGGAGGAAGAAGACGUGCAAGUGACUCCACAACUGGCCAGUCGUAAUCCGGCGUUGAAUCAGAAUCAAUAUCUGUAUCAGCCGGAAGCCGAUGAGGCGGAGACGUCGAACAUGCGCUUCGAGCGGAGCAACGUGAGCAUCACGAUGGUCACUCCGGGAGUCGGCACUAUUCGUUCAUCGGUAUCACGACGGGAAGUGUGCCCCGUACUAUUAUUCAUUUUCAGACGCGCGCAUCGCCAUCAAAACGAGACGAGCUGAGGCAGAGAGCGCGUGACAUGCUCGAAAAGUCGGCCAGCUCGUCGAUGACGAACACUCCGAACAUGCGGAAAGCGGGCGAGGAGGAUGAGAGGAGACGCGAAGAGGCUAGGAAGCUGCUCAACAACGAUCGACAGCAGCCGACAGGUCAGUUUUUCCGUCGUGCUUCUUCUGAAUUCCCUUUCUUCUCUUCUUCUCCUGCCGUGUCGUGUUAUUCUCUUUCUCGUGAGCGUGUGCUUUCAGCCGUCCCCUCCACCUCAUUCUCGCCCUAUUCAUCGUUCCGACGUCCUCACGGAUCCAACACUGAUCUCCGUCGUUGUGGUUCGUCGUUCUCCCGUGUUUGCCCUCCCGUAGUGAUCACUCUGUGCAGUGCCUCCCUCGUUUUCUUUCAGAAAUCGUCCGCCCGUCUGUCGAGGUGCGCAAAUUCCAAAUGCGAGAUCCGUCGCCGACGCUCGUCCGUAAACAAUGUAUCGUGCAGUGCCUAAACCAUCCAUUUUUCUUUUUUUUUCCCAAUAAAAUGGCAUAAAUUCUUUUUGCAGAUGAUCCGAACGACACGCCACACAUUCCGGCGAUCGGAAGGACGAGGACCAAUGGAAAUCGGGUUAGUCGGGAGAAUCGGAGAGUCAGAGAUGGAGAAAAGGGCGUGAAUUUGGAGUCUUGAGCUAAAAAUACUGGAAUUUCGUUCAUUUUCUGAUCUUUCCGAUCGUACGCCGAGACUCCGCCCCUUUUUCGGUCUCUGUAUGUCAAUUAACCGUCAACUCAUCAACAUUCUAUUCAGUUUCCUUCUUCUCCUAUCUUCCUUUCCUUUCUUUUUCGUUGUGCUCACCCGUGUUGUGCUCACUUUCCAGACAGACCAGCACUCCUCCUCCUCCUCGUCAACUUUCGACCGUGUCAAGCGAUACGGUAGUAUGCGAAGCGCCGAGCUGCGCGAAUCGUUGCAAGUGAUGGCGAAGCAGUACGGAUACCUGGUUUGUAAUGUUGUCAUGUGUUUCCAUCAACGCUUCUACAGUAACCAGUAACCCACAACUUUUUCGGCCAUUUCUCGGGUAUUCUAUUUCGAAUUCAGGGAACCGAUCCAGAAGCAUCUUCGCAAGACAUAAUGGCGACGCCGACGAAAAAGUUCUCGUCGCAAUGGGAGAAAGACGUGGACGACGUCGAGGGAACCGCCGAGGAGCUCAUUCGCAUCGACGGACGCAUCGCCGAUAUCAAUGCGCAGGCGGAUGUGAGCUCAGCCAUAUUUUCUCUCACUUUUUUCUGCUUCUUUCCAUUUCAGGUAAUUCAAGACAAGAUCCGUCAAACGGAGGUGGGCAGUUCGGAAGAGGAGAUGCUCACCGCCUCGUACCUCGAGCUGACCAACGAGCGCAACACCCUUGUCCACCGCCAGGACUACUACAACAUCAUCGAGACGAUUCGGCAGACGACGGCGCAAAUCAACGAGUUCAGCAAGCGACUCGACGAGAUCACGCAGAACACCGACGAUUAUCCGCGGAGCGUGGAGGAGAAGGCGGCGACGGAUCGGCUCAUGGAACAGUAUCGGAGUGCGCUCGACCAGAAGAGCCAUCAAGUUCAGAAGAUAUUCGCGAUGGAGGAGGAGAUGUGAGUGGGUUACACUUUUCGAUGAAAGUCUGCUCUUUUUCAGCCAAGAAGACUCGGACCGCCUCAAAAACCUGACUCUCGAUCGGGCGACGCGUUUCGUGCGCGGCAUCGAUCAGCCCGUUUCGGCGUCGAAACGACUCAUCCAGUGGUGGCGUCGUUGA